ACCUGAAACCUCUGCCACAUCUCUCUUUCUCUCACACAUAUACACAUACACAUUAUUACCAUUAUUGUCCUUUUUUUUCUUAUAAAACCGAUCUGUAAUUGACGAUCUCUCUUGUUUCUCCAUUUAAAGGAGGGGACUUUAGGGAUUUUAGUGUAUUUUUGUGAACUGGGUCUGUGUGUGGUGAUGUCUUACAGCAACUCAAACCCAGAAAACUACAGUUCACCAUCAUCCGCAACGAACUCGCCGGAGCUUAAACUCUAUCAAGCAUUCAUCUUUUCUGUACCAAUCUGCUUCACAUUUAUAAUUCUCUUCUUGUUCUAUUUGAUCUACCUUCGUCGUGGUAGCUCUGAUUUGUCUUCUCUAGGAAUGCGAACUACGUUCAUCCCAGGAAACGGUCUCUCCACGGCUGAAUUAGGAUUGAGUAAAGAGCUGAGAGAGAUGCUUCCCAUUGUUGUCUUUAAAGAGAGCUUCACUGUAAUGGAUUCACAAUGUUCUGUUUGCCUUGGGGACUAUCAAGCAGAUGACAAGCUUCAGCAGAUCCCUGUAUGUAAACACACUUUUCACAUGGACUGCAUCGAUCUUUGGCUCACAUCGCAUACCACUUGCCCUCUUUGCCGUCUCGCUCUUAUCCCAAGCCAAUCACGUCACACACAAGAAGAUUCUGGUCCGAGUGUUGUGAGCCCUGAUGAAGGAGUGUUGAGUCAACCAGAAUCUCAGCCAGUAAACCAGAGAGGAGUGACGAGUCAACCGGAAUCUCAGCCAGUAAACGACAGAGAAGUGUGGAGUCAACCUGAAUCACAGCCACUGAACCACCUAAACGAUGAUCAAGAGCAACAAUGUGAUCUGACUCAGUGUGAUGGAGAUGCUGAGGGACUUAAGGUAACGCAAGAGGAUGAACGGAACAGCACCGGGACAUCGAAUGGUUGUUGUAGUUGUAGACCUGGUUAAGAUUAACCACUUUUGUUCUGUCCAAAUUCCCUGUAAAGUUUGCUGCGUUCUUGCAUUUGUAACUUGUAACAUUAGUACAUUUUCUAGAGAGAUUGAUCCGAUCCAUAGAAGAAACAAACUAUUUAUAAGGCGAAUGCUUUGUGUUC